AUGCGGAGGAUCUCCAAGGAUGCCCUCCGCAUUAUCGUCCGGAACCUUCAAGGCGAUCGUUUCACCGUGGCCAUGCUCCAGGGCAUCUUGCAAGAGGUUGUCCUCGAUGGCGAGGGCCUGCUGAGCUGCGAGGAGUUGGCGCGCUGCCUCCGCCGCCCGGAUCCAGCUCCGGAGCCGCAAGAGGCCAAACGCUACGACCUCGCUGAGAAGAAGGGGCUGGCGGGCUUCCUGAUCGACGCGGACAUCCGCCUGGUGCGAGCCGACUUCAUCCUGAAGCUGCAGCGGGAAGGACAGCGCCUCCCACGCCGCCAGGAAGCAGAGUCCGCCUACGUGCACGGCCGCACGGCCCUCGUCACCCACGAGGAGGUGCAAGCCUGGGCAGAUAGCGGGGAGCCUGAGGACAACGCGAUCGUCUCCGUGUCUCACUGUUGGGAGUCGAAGGAACACUGUGACCCGUAUGGCUAUCAACUAGCGAGACUUGCCAAUUCCCUUACAGGCAAGGAGUGGUUUUUCAUAGACUAUGUUUCUCUGUAUCAGGCCCAGCGCCUCCUGCGGCAACAGAAUGUCAGCUUCGGGCGUGCGAUGCAGAACAUGCAUGUGCUCUACUGCCAUGACAAGUCAAGCACGCUCCGAAUUGAGUCCCUAACGCCGGAAGCUGACAUAGAAGAAGCCGAGCAGAAGCAUGAGUGUGUAAGCGUGUAUAACCCCGUCAGUGGCCUGGUGAAAACAGUGCCGGUCACACAAUUGAUCAAGAACCGCACCCCUUACAGGGAGCGAGGCUGGUGUGCUGCGGAGAGGGAGUGGUCCUGUACGCGGACGGCCACCAACCUUACGCGUGAAGUAGACACUUCGGAAGGUGAGAAGGGGGGAAGCGCCCCUAUGGCGCCGGAGGCAUUUCGAGAGAACGUGGCACACCGGCUUAAAUUCACGCAUAAAGCUGAUGUAGAGACCGUCUGCAGCUUGCAAGCGGAAGUGUACAAAGAGAAGGCAAAGGUGUGCAGGAGCCUGAGGCUCGUAGACUUGGGUGCAGAUGCACUGGACAUCGCCCUGUCGGCUCUCGAGCACUACCCGGCCCUGGAGAGCCUGGAGAUCGUCCACUGUGAGCUCAGCCCCAAGCUCCCGCUAGUGCUGAAGGUCCUGAAGGAGAAGAAGCUUCCACAGCUCCACCUGCAGCACAACGAGCUCUUGGCGGAGGGCACCUGCCAGGUCGUUGAGGCCCGCCGCCAGAUGCCGAUGUGCACUGCUGGCAUGGCCUUGGCUGUGCAGCUUGCGGCACUCAGCCUCAGCCACGACCGCAUCGGCGUCGCUGGUGUCAAGGCUUUGGCAGAGGCUCUGCGGACGAAGAAAGCUCUGAUCGAGCUGAACCUGAGCCACGUGUGCCUGGACGGCGAUGGGGUCAGCGCUCUCGCAGAGGCAAUCACGCAGAAUCGCACGCUCAAGCGGCUGAGCAUUGGAGCCAACCUUGAAAUUGCGGAGGAAUGCGCUUUCGCCCUUCUUGAGGCUGGCAUCUUGAACCUCCUCCCAACCUACAGCUUGCGAGCAAGUGCGCUCCGAGUGAGCGGGGUCGAAGCCCAGCUCCAGCUCGAUCUGAAGGACAGCGAUUCGGGCAAGGCCGCCGUGGCAUUAGCCAGGGCCCUCCGGACCGGCCAGGUGAAGGGCACCGUCACCCACCCAGCCAUGGAGUUCCUGUGCAUGUUGGAGGACUUUGAAUUCGAAAAGCUCGAGGAAGCGCCGCAGAAGUUUUUUCUCGAUCUCAACCACCUCAGCCACGGAGCCGAGAGCUUCCGGCGGCUCUUCGGACCGCUCUGCCGGGCGCUGCCGAAGCUCCCGGAGCCGCUCCGAGAGCUCGAGCUCGACCUCCACGGCACGGAGGGUGCCGGUGCCCUCGCCAGUGCCAUCGGCGUGCUGGAGAAUCUUCAGAAGCUCAGUGUGAACCUGAAGAACAACAAGAUCUGCCUCGGGCCGAGAUUGUGCGAUGCCGGGGCGAAGGCCCUGGCCACGGCAGUCUCCAGCCUGAAGGAGCUACAAGAUGUCUCCCUGAACCUGGAGAUGUGUGACAUGGGCACGGAGGGUGCCGGUGCCCUCGCCAGUGCCAUCGGCGUGCUGGAGAAUCUUCAGAAGCUCAGUGUGAACCUGAAGAACAACAAGAUCUGCCUCGGGCCGAGAUUGCGCGAUGCCGGGGCGAAGGCCCUGGCCACGGCAGUCUCCAGCCUGAAGGAGCUACAAGAUGUCUCCCUGAACCUGGAGAUGUGUGACAUGGGCGAGGAGGGCUUGCUCUCCUUGCUGGAGGCGGGCCACAACAGCUUGUGUGCAAGUUCUCGGCCUCCCAAGCCCCUGCUUCCGGUCGAGUGUCGAUGCCUCUGGGAUUCUUUUGUUUUCUUGAUCCUGAUGCUCUCGGGAGUCCCGCAGGCCCUCCGAGCGACCAGCCCAGCGUCGACCCAGCUCGACCUCGGCGAUUUGGCUGAGAACGACAUCGGAAAGGGCGCCUUCGCGCUGGCCAGGGCCCUCCGUUCCGGGGAGGCGGGGCCUUCCGAGGCGCUGCAGAAGAGAGAUCCCGACAUUGUUUCUUCUGUGCCACACUUCUUCUCUCUCUUCUGCGUCCCUGUUUGCAAUCAGGUGAAGGGCCGGGUCACUCAUCCGGUGGUGGAGUUCUUGGCCGAGUUGGAGGCUCGCGCUAUUUCUUCGAAGUGUGGUAAGUUCUUCAUUUUCCCGGGGUCCGCCGAAAGUAGUGCUGAGGGUUGUUGCCCGUCGGCCAUGCCUCUGCCAGGGAUCUCAGCGAGGAGCCUUGGGGCAAAGUAUCUUCCAAAGAGCCGGAAUUCCCAACCCUGGAAAUCGGAAGCCCUUCCAACCCGAGCCACCUUUGCUCGGCACGCCCGCUCGUUUCCCUGCGCGUCAUGGGCUCUCUUCGGGCAGCGCCCGGGGGUGCGGGCAGCCACGGCCGCCGCCACCGUGCAGGACGAACAACUGAAAGAGCUCGAGGAAGCGCCGCAGAAGCUGAAGCUCGACCUCAGGGGCUACAGCCGGCGGCUCAGCUCCGGAGCCGAGGCACCGCCCAUGGCCCUCUUCCGAGGCGAAGCCGAAGCCGAGAGGUUCCGGCGGCUCUUCGGACCGCUCUGCCGGGCGCUGCCGAAGCUCCCGGAGCCGCUGCGAGAGCUGCAGCUCGAGCUUUGGAGCCACGGCGCUGCCGGGGCCCGGGCCCUGGCCGCGGGCCUCCGGCACCAAAAGGAGCUGCAGACGCUGACGUUGUUUCUGGGUAACAACUUUGUGGGCCAGGAGGGCGCGAAGUCCUUGGCCUCCGCCCUCCGCGAGCUGACGCAGUUGAAGACGCUCGUGUUGAGCCUGAACAAGAACAACAUCGGCUCUGCCGGAGCCACCGCACUGGUGGAGAGUUUGCGGGAGCUGCGGCAGCUCACAAACCUCCUAGUUGAUCUGCAAAACAACCGGCUCAGCCCGGGCCUCGGGCGAGAUGAAGCGGCAUCUUCCGCCUUGCCACAGAAAAACCCCUCCGGCCCAGGCAAGGAGGAGAAGAAGAAGCUCCGGGCCGCCUUGAACGCCCUCCCGGUGGCCAAGAAGAUCAUCCGCCUUUGA